UGAACUUGUGUUGAUUUUGGACCCCGUGCGGGGGAGCGAGCGAGACAGCAAUAGUUGGUGGGGGGCGGAGGGCAGCCACAGAGUUUCGAUUUUCCAUCCAUAUCUACACUCGCAGCGAAAAGAGAGCGAGAGAGAGAGAGAGGAGCGGCCCGUCUGGUCUGGGUACAUUUUACCACACUGUGUCUUUGUCUGCCGUCGAGUCCGAUUCGGGAGCUCCGCGUCUGCAUACAUACAAUAUUUUAUUGCUGGUUUUGGUGGUAAAUUUGCAUUGUUAACGGCCGCGGCCAGACGUGCCCCGCUUCUUUAACACACACGUCUCUCAAACGAAUACCGAUCAUCAAGUGUUUUCCCUAUUGACUCUCGUAUAUAGCCACAUGUAAAAAUCAAAUAAAAACCAACAAAGAGCGAUACUGAUACCGAAAGCAACUAAACCGAAAGUGUAUUACCGUGUGUACCACAUAAGACUGCCAUCUGCCCUUUGCGUUGCCGUGCCGUUGACACUUUUGUAUCUGGCUGCAUCCGUAUCUGUAUCUCAAUCUCACUGACCAACUACCGCAAGCGCAAAUGCAAAUGUAAUCUGCAAACUGCACACAUCUGAACCUCAGCUCAGCUCAACUUUCAAACGUUUUAUCCUCGAACUGCCUAAAAAACCAACCAACCUAUCAGCCAACCUGAACCACUCAACAAACCAACCUAUCAACGGUCUACCGCAACUGGCAAACCGAACGGCUUUAGUUUUUAAGCUUUGUUUUUUUGUAAACCUGUUAAACAUACUAUCGAAGACUGAAAAGAAGUACCAAGUACGAUUAGCAAUCCUGUAAUUAUUUGUAUUUGUCCAUUGUUCUUCUAAUGGUUCCAAUACGAUCGAUCUAACCCAUCCAUUUAUGCUAUAUACUAUACGACAACACGUCUUUGUCACACUGUUUGUUUUACUUUGCACAUGUUCGUUUUCUACUUUACGCCUAGUAUUUAUAUUACCUACUUAAAGAGCACACACACCCACAACACAGCCCAUGUACGUUAAGUGUAACCCUAUUUAUCUGUCGCUCUCUUGAUCUGGAAUCUUUCGAUUGUACUAACUGCCCGCCGGGCGAUAAGUGAUAAGUUUGUAAUCAGUCAUCCGCCCCUCAACCUCGAUCCAUCCAUUUCCAUCCUACCCAAAACCCAAAACCGAAAACCCAAAAACAGAACCACUAAUAUUGUUUUUGUUCAGUUGACACAUUCAUGUAAAACACACACAUCUAGAGAUAAAUAUAUAUGUAUAUAUGCGAGGGGCGGCUUAACGAUAGGUUAUCGUGUUUAACAACUCAAACUGGAAACGCUGGAAGUGUAAAAUUUAUCGUUACCACUUAUCAUUGGCUGACGGAGUCGGCGGAGUUAGCUCACAUAUACACAUACAUAUAUACUACCUAUGUACUCGUAAUUGUUAACUUUAUAUAUAUCGUAUUUGUAUCUGUAUCGGCAGCUUUUUCACAUACCCCCAAUACAUGAAUUUAUAUACAAUUAUAUCGUACUUAUACCUAUAGUUGAAAGACUAACCACGCACGUAUCUCAUCUCAGUUCCAUAUAAUUGACAACCUAUUAAAGCUACACUGUUAAAACAAACUGAAAAAUUGUUGCUGUUUUAUUUAUUACGAUUACAACAAAUAUUUACAUAUAUCCACACAUAAACACAACACCCACACGUAUAUAUACAUAUAUAUAAAUAUUUUAUUAUCCUUGCCUAAGUAAGUAUUUUGCCUACUAGUGAAACCAUAAAUGUUUUGUUAUUGAGCAUGUUGGCUUGUUGGUUGUUUGCUUUCUGUUCUGGAGCGCGGGUCGGGCUUAGAUUAUUUCCUCAAUAAAUAAUAAAAAAACACACAAAAAGUAAUAAGAAUCUCAACAUAUCAAAAACCAUAAAAAUCCCGUUUUCGAUUAAUAUCUGAUUUGGAGGAAUCGAAAAGAACAUGCUUAACUUUUUGAAAUGAAUAAAAAAAACAUUCCUAAUUUUUACUUGUUAUUCAAUUUAAUUUCUUUAUUUUAAAUUCCCCAAGAAUUCACCAAGGUAAAUUCAAUUAUAUUUUGUUCUUAAAGCUUUUGAAAGUAAGAAGGAACAUGUUUAUCUUAUUGCAAAAACUACCCUAUUUUUGGGUUAACAAUAUAAGUUAUCCUUAUGAAUCUAGUGCUCAUAAAGCUGAGCAAGUUGCAUUUUCGAAUUAAAGUAGUUUGAAUUCUAAUUAGCUUUGAUACCUCCAAAUAUCCACGGAUUGCAAACCGAACGGGGCUGCAUAUUUAAGUGUUCAAGCAGUCACUUUAUAAGCAAAUCGUCUCGUUUCCUUCUCGUUUUUUGUUCCCGCCCCACAGCUGUGUGAAUAAAAGAAAAGCCCAAAGAAAGCUCUCGCCCAGUCGAAAGUCGAAUAGCAACAUCAGUAGCAGCAGCAGCAGCAGCAGCAACAACCCAAGCAGCGGCAACGCAAGUGCAACUGCAACAUGCUCAACUCGAAUGCCAGCAGUGGCAAUUUGGGCAAUGGCAACGGCAACAACAACAACAACAACCAUGGGGGCAGCAGCCGGCGUCCCUUUUCCCGCAAUUCCUCGUCAGUUCGCUCGCAUCGCGGCGGUGGCGGCGGAGUGGGCAGUCGCAUGCUCUACUCGCCACACCCACAUACGCACGCCCAUGCCCAACAGCAGCAGCAACAACAGCAACAGGGCCAGCAGCAGCGGUCCAGCAACAACAACAGCCUUUUGCCUGGCCACAGUCCCUGGUGCAACGUCAAUUUGAACGGCGGCAACAGCAAUAACAACGGUGGCAACAUCAACAAUAUCAACAACAGCAACAACAACAACAAUGUCAAUAACAAAGAUGCAAACCCGAAUUGCGAUGUACAAACAAGUAAUUCUAGCGGAACUUGUAUUUAUAACAAUAGCAAAGCGCAUCAUCAUCACAACAACAGCAACAACAAUGGUCACACUCAGAGCCACAGUCACACUAAUCACCCCCAUUCCCCACACCAAAGCCAACCUCACCACCCCCAAUUGCACACCCACCACCACCACCACCCGCAUUCGAGUCCACCACAGCAGUAUAACAGUUAUCGCCAGUACCCACCGCAUUCCCCCAACUCCCCACACGGCAAUGGUCAUUCGAAUAGCAACACUAGAAACCCGAGUAAUAGUAAUCCCCAAGCCAAUCAAAGCCAAAACUCCUAUCCCAGUUACUACGAGUUGUGUUCGGGAGGCAGUGGAUCACAGACCCACACCUAUGGAUCCAUGUCCGUUUCCCUGGUGAGACUGAAUCCCGCCCGUUUAUGCCUAACGCUAAGUCCUGCCACGCCCCCAUCCCAGCGAGUACUGUCCUACAGAUCCCCCCGAUCCAACUCCAAUUCCAGCUCAAACUCCAGUUCCAGUUCCAGUUCCAACGAUCAGAAUCAUUAUAAUCCACCGCCACGUAGUCAGAAUCAGAAUCAGAACCAGAACCAUCAUCCCAACCCACAUCAGUACCAGUACCAAUACCAUCCGCAACACCAGUACCAUCCAUUGCAUAAUCCACAACCACAACCACAUCCACAUCCACACCCACAGCAACAGACUAAUCGCCAAUCCCUCCCGCUAACACGAACGAAUUCAAAUUCAACCAACGCAACAACUUUCAAUUCAAUCAAUCCAACAACAAAUAGUAAUCCUACUGAUGUUGUGAAUGUAAAUUCUUGUACCGAUAUAAUUCCUCAUGGGUCUUCGUCUGCGUCUGCGUCGUCGAUGCUGCCCCAACAACCACCACAACAACAACAACAACAUCAAAUUAAUAACGCAUCCGCACCCAUCAAUAGCCACAGCCAGGGACAGGGACCAGGCAACUCGCCGAAUCUUGGCCACAAUCACAACAACCAGCGUGGCUACAACAACAACAACAACAAUAACAAUAACAGGGGAAUCGGUAAUGGUAAUGGUAAUGCCAACGGACCACCCGACUACAUGAACUAUCGGCGUGGCUUGUGUCCGGCCCUAUCUCGGGGGGACUACUCCGGAAAUGGAAACGGAAAUGGUAACGGAAAUGGCAACGGACACGGCCACAACGGACGCCGCUAUAUGACCGAUCAUCUGAACAACGCCUCCUCCUCGUCCAUGAACGGCCUCAUCAAUUCCGGACACCACCAGCGCAACUACAACGACAGGAACUUGAAUAACCACUUUGGAAACUCUGAUCAGGGCGGUCCAGACCAUCGGGAUCGAGCCGAGGGCUCUUCGUACAACUUCAUGCGCAACGGAGGCGGCAGCGGAGGAGGCUACGGACGCAAUGGCUCGCACUACCAGCACAUGGCUUAUGGAAACAACAACGGUGCCUCCACAUCCUCCGGCGGACCAGGUCUGAUGGGAGAGCUACCCUCGGGAUCGGGCCUGUCGGGCUCCUCGCUGUCGCUGAACAACGGACCCAACGGACCCCUCAACUCGGACAGUCCGUCGCGCAAGCGUCGCCGCAUCUCCGGCAGACCGCAGAACGGUCCGCAGACCCAGCAACGCUGUCUGAUGGCUCAUAUGCAGCAGGGAAGUCCGCCGCUCCGACGGCCGCGUCUGCGCGAUGUGGCCACCUCCACGCAGCAGCAACAGCAACAGCAGCAGCAGCAGUACGGCCCACAGGUGCACCAUCCCCAGCAGCAGCAGCAGCAGCAGCCGCCCUCGAAUUACCACCCAAUGCAUCACCACUACGUGCCCCAGCAGCAACAGCAGCAGCAGCAGCCGCCCCACAUCCAGCGUUCUCCGUGGGAUCUGGGCAACAGUGGAGGAGGCGCCGGCGGAGCAGCCUCCAGCAGCUCGGUGGGCCCCAUUCUGCAGCAGGUGCAGGCGCCGCCGCAGCCACCGAGCCAUCCCCAGCAGCAGUCUAGUCUGGAACAGCAAAUCGGAAUGUGUUAUCCGCCGGCACCACCGCAGCCCGCCUCGCUGAUGGUGGACCUGAAUCUGAACCAGGUGCCCGUGAGCCUGCAGCUUCGUCCCUCGGAGCCCUUCUGGGCCUCCUUCUGCACGUAUCCAAUACCGGCGCAGGCUAGACUGGCGCCCUGCCACCUGCAUGGCGUCUACACGCAGCCCUUCCCCGCCCCGCCUCCCGGACUGGCCGCUCCGCCACCGCUGCAGGUGGCUUCGGUGCCGUCGCAGGCGCAGAUGGCAGCCGCCGCAGCGGCCGCCCAGCAGAUGAUAGCCCAGGCCACGCUGACGGCCCAGCAGCAGCAGCGGGAUGUGGUGGCCAUUGCGACGGCCAAUCUGGGACCCAUCGAACCGCCGGGUGCCCACCACCUGGACGGACACCAUGGCCCCGGAGGACCCGGCGCCCACGGCCAUCCACACGCCCAUCCGCAUGCCCAUCCGCAUGCGCAUCAGCUGCCGCCCGGCAUCCACAUCACCCCGCUGAGCGGAGCAGCGGCUGCGGCCGCCACCCACCACCUACAUUCCACGGCGGCAGCUGCAGCGGCUGUCGCCGCCCAGGCCAGCGCCCAGAUCGGCCCGCAGCAGAUCAUCAUCUCGUCGGACCGCCGCACAUUCCCGCCCCACCGCCGCAUCCCGCGCUUCUGGCCGGCAAACCACGGCCAUCGGCACGUCCUGCCGCCCCAGUCGCUGGCCGCCCACCAAGCUCCGGUCCAGAUCCAGGCCACCUCGGGCAUCAUCAACCCGGGCUUCCUGCUCAACUUCCUGGCCAUGUUCCCGCUGUCGCCGUACAACCAACAUGAUCUGAGCUCCGGCGACACCAACGAGACGGAGAACUAUGAGGCGCUGCUCAGCCUGGCUGAGCGGUUGGGCGAGGCCAAGCCCAGGGGACUCACCCGGAACGAGAUCGAUCAGUUGCCCAGCUACAAAUUCAACCCGGAGGUGCAUAACGGCGAUCAGUCAUCCUGUGUGGUGUGCAUGUGCGACUUCGAGCUGCGUCAACUGCUGCGCGUCCUGCCCUGCUCCCACGAAUUCCACGCCAAAUGCGUAGACAAAUGGCUGCGGUCAAAUCGCACUUGCCCGAUUUGCCGAGGCAAUGCCUCCGACUACUUCGAUGGCGCCGAUCAGCAGCAACAGGCGCAGGCGAACGCAGGAACGGCAGCCGCCUUGGGCAGCACGUCCGGCGGAAGUGGCGGAGUGACGGGAACAUCCGCAGCUGCGGCGGCCACCGCCAAUCCCCAGCAGAGCCAAGCGGCCUAAGCCCGUCGUUAGCGUUGUAUACACACACUCACACACACACAUACACCUCCAGCUUUGGCUUUGCCGGACGAUGAGUGGACGAGAGGGAGGAGCUCUUCUUCGGGUUGUGGAAGAAGAUUGGUCUGUGGCGGGGAAGCCACCUGCCCACCCGCCAUCACUUGAUGUUACGCGCAACGAAUCCAACUGCCAAACCUGGCCAAGAACACCCACCCGCUCCGCCCCUCGGCCACGCCCUCGCGCAACUCGCCGCCUCUUCAAUAGCUUGUCGUAGACAUUAGUUUGUAUGUGAGCAAAGGUAAACCGUAUUUAGGAGUAACCCACAUAGGCAUACCACCAAGAUUUCAACUACAAUUAAACAGCGUAUAUAUAUUAUAUAUAUACUAUAUAUUUGCGUGUAUAGAGAAAGUUAAAGCCGUAAAACAAGUGUCUGUAUAUAAGCCAAGAUUUGCACAAAAUUCAUUAUAGAUUUUCUUUGCCUUUUCACACUCAAGGAUAUCCUAAAAUCCAUUAAAUCAACUAUAGACGAAAAAACAAAUAUGUAUUCAAAUGCGUGGUAGCUGGCUGUCAAAGUCCUCGAAAAUGGGUUCAGGAUUUAGAAAUUCCCAAAAAGAAGAUGGUUAAACUUUGAGUGCCUGUUGCCAACUAGAAAUUGUAUAUCUUAAAUUGUUGCUGUCCACACGCAUACCUAUAUAUAGUUCUAUAUUAUAAAGAAUGCCUAUUUAAGCAAAGCGGGAUAUCAGUAAUUUGGAUUUGUGUUUUCUGCUCUUCAGUUAGGCUUGCAUACUUGCUGCUUCCUCUUUGUAUUUUAUAUAUUUACUACCAUUACCUUUAGUUUUUUAACAGCGUACUAUAUAUCUUUAAACGACAUACAUUAAAAACCAGCAUAAAUAUAGUGCAUUGCAUUUUAUACUAAUUGUACGAACUGAACCCACUGAAGAAGUUCUUCUUCUUGCACUAGCAAACAAAAACAAAAAAAGAAAAAGCAACAAACAAACAAAGAUAAAGAUAUCUUUAGAAAGGAAAAAGAGCGUAUAUAUAUAUUUUUUUCGUUUCUACUGUUUGAAAUUUAGUAACUAUAAACGGAAGCAACUAACAUUGAAACAUAUAAGCAAUCUUUGAAAUCGACUAAACCAGAUGAACGGAGGACGAUAAGCGUUUCAGCAAAUAUACUACAUAUAGAUGCAUAUAUACACACCCCACACACCCACUAACUGGAGGAAAACCAAGCAUAUAAGAAUUUAGCAUACAGGCAUAGAAACAUAUGUAUAUUGGUGGGCUUAUUAAUGUAUUUGUAGUAGAUGUGUGCGUAAUUAAAUGCGUAAUUAAUAAUGCAAUCGCUAUGAGAACACAAAUAUCGUAUUAACGUAUCGUAACCGAGACUUUUCCAGGGCCAGCGUGCGUGGGUGGUGACCUCAGCCGCCCACCGACCAGUCCAUCCACUUCCGUAGUAUUUUUGCCUUUUGAACUGUAACGUCUGUAGCUCUAAAUCUAAACACAAGCAUUAACUUACAUACACACCUUAACCUCCUUCAAUGUGACUUGUCUAUUAAAAUUGCAUCAGAUGCGAAUAUUGCGAGUAUUGCGAGUACUGCGAGUAUCAUAUAUACAGCCAUAACACACCCAGAUAUAUAGAGAGUUUCCUUCUGAUAUAUGCGAUUCAAGCGAACCUACGUGCACUAGCCUUUAAAGCCGGCGGACGACAGCAAACAAUUUUUACCAAUAUACAUGUACAAGUACGAGUACCAUACAAUAAUUAUCUAUAUCUAUCUAUCUAUCGAUCAAUCGGUAUAAACAUAACCAAUUAACGUGGAACUAAACCAAACGAGAAAUGAGAAGAACAAGUAAAUUGAAAUGAUUCCUGCCCUCCAUUCGUAUUAAAAACCAUUGAAACUAACUCAACAACUUUUUAUAGCAUAUAUAUACUAUGGAUAGCAUUGAUUUUUUGUGAGAAUGGAUAUACAUAACAUUAGUUUAGCCUCUUCGGGAAGGCCAUAAGCCGUAUCUAUUGGGUCAUCCGUUGCUUAUAGCGAGAGUUUGCAGCACUUUCCCAAUCCAGACUUCCUGUGCCCCAUCUCUCCGUUCUUAAAUCCCUAAUAAAGCUAUGCAAUACUGAAA